AUGGCGGCGCCCAGCGGCGCGGAGGGCCCGGCCGCCGGCCCCGCGGCGGGCGGCGCGCUCUGGGCAGAGGUACGGGCGCUGCUGCCCGGCGCCGAGGAGGGGCUGACCUUGGCGCUGAGCGGCGAGGUGGAGGACUGCGUCCCGCCGCUCCUGCGGCGGGCCCGGGGGCUGCUGUACGGCGCGGCGGGCCGGCCCUGCGAGGCCGCGGCGCUGCGGCGCCUGGGCGACGUCCUGCGCGACUACGCCUGGGAGAAGCUGAACGCGGGGCCGUGGCGGGAGGUCCGCAAGGCCUGGCGGCAGGUCUACGCCUACGGCUGCCUCUUCGGGGCGCUGGCCGAGGUCGCCGCCGGCCGCCCGCUGGCGCCCGCCGUCCGCCUCUGCGACAUGGGGCUGCUCAUGGGCGCCUCCGUCCUGGACAACGUCCUCGCCCGCCUCGUCCGCGUCCUGCAGGCGCACCUGCCCCGCGCGAAGCGGCGCGCCGCAGCCGAGGGCAGCGCCAAGAGGGUCCGGAUUGACCCCCCUCCAGUCCCUGCUGUGCAGCCAGAAGAUGCCCUUCCACACCUUCACUGCCCUUCGCUGGAGCAUUUCAGAGACAACUACCUAAUUCCACAGAAGCCUGUGGUCUUAGAGGGGAUUAUGGACCACUGGCCGUGUAUGAAGAAGUGGAGUGUGGACUAUUUUUGUCAAGUCGCAGGGUGCCGCACAGUCCCUGUGGAACUGGGUAGCCGAUACACAGAUGAGGAGUGGUCUCAGAAGCUCAUGACUGUCAGUGACUUCAUCAACCAGUAUAUUGUGAAUGAGAACAGUGUAGGAUACCUUGCCCAGCACCAGCUUUUUGAUCAGAUCCCAGAAUUGAAAGAGGAUAUCAGUAUCCCUGACUACUGCUGCCUGGGGGAAGGGGAAGAAGAUGACAUCACUGUUAACGCUUGGUUUGGUCCAGAAGGCACUAUCUCACCUCUUCAUCAGGAUCCCCAGCAAAAUUUUUUAGCCCAGGUAUUUGGAAGAAAGUAUAUCCGUCUAUAUUCACCGGAAGAUUCAGAAAACCUGUACCCACAUGAAAGCCAAAUUCUUCACAACACUAGUCAGGUUGAUGUGGAAGAUCCUGACUUAGUUAAGUUUCCCAAUUUCAGAAGGGCUGCAUUUCAGUCCUGUAUUCUGAUGCCUGGACAGGUUCUGUUUAUUCCAGUUAAACAUUGGCACUAUGUACGAUCGCUUGAUAUCAGCUUCUCUGUCAGUUUCUGGUGGUCAUAGCUCUGAAGCAUACAUAAAGUCUGUUAGCAUUGUAAUAGGAAUUAAAAAUCAGAAAAAGGAGUGUCUGGUGUCUUCUCACAAGAGAAUUCUUUUCAAGCAUGAGAAUGUUCUU